AUGGGCUCGACGGAAAAGCGGAGGAACAGCAAAACAAUCUCACAAUCGAAGAGGAUGGUCGACACGGCACGCAUGAUUGCAAAUCCAACGCUUAUGUUUGAGAUGUAUGCUGGCGCAGCCAAGAUCAUUGUUGUCGCAACUGUUUUCUUGCACUCAUAUACCGUCCAUGCCAUACCUCACUUUCAAAGGCUCCGACGGGAAAAUGGGGCUUCCUCGGGUGUGGGGACCGCUUUUGGUAGCAGUGCGUCUGCCUCAGUGUUCCCAUAUUACAACAGCACACUGGCUCAGAAUGGUACCCAACUUGUAACAGCAACAACGGGGCCAGCCACUACUUCCACAGCGUAUCAAGGGGCGCAAUCAACUCCAUCUAGUAACCAAAAAGCUCAAAAUCAGCAGUCGCGCGGCGUUUUGUUCCCUGCGGUGCAUUGGAGUCAGCCAGUGCAGGACUUGAAGAACCUGGAGCCAAGCCAGCAGCAAACUUUCUACUAUACACCUGGUGGUGCAUGCAGUCACAAUGAAGAACAUACCUUUGCUCAGGUCUCGACCAAUACCUCUCAUCCCUCGGUAGUUUGCUCACAUUCCGAACGUAUACAAGUGUCCAGCUGCCAUGAUAAGAAUAUUGUUGUCAGCUGUAGCGAUCAGGAUACAGUUGAUCGCAUUGUUUCGACCUGGCCGACAGAUUCGCCCUUCAUAUUCAUUACUUUCGAGGACGGAUGUGGCAAAUCUAGUGAUCAGCAUACUUUCUGGCUUGCUAAGGGUGUUGAAGUUGACUAUGAGGCAAAGUCGAUCAGUGUCACUGUAGUGCAGGAACUCUCGAUCGCGGAAGCAAUGCCAGAAGUCGAGGUUAGCUGGGGUAUCUACUCACCUAGUCAAGGUGGCACCCCAAAGACAAAUCCGCCAACUCCGCCGUAUCCUGUAAAUGGCAAUCAUACAUCUGGAUUCAAUAGCACCUCUGGUCUCAACGAUACCGCUUCUGGCUCUGCAAACAGCAGCUGUGGUGCACCACCCUCUCUUAUGAUUGACGGUUUCUACACGGCAACUUGUGGCUCUCCUACUUUCGAUGCAGAUAUUGAUGCAGAGAUUGGCUUCCUGGAAUUUGAUAGUAACGACUACAGCAGUAGUCUCGAGAACUUUGCACCGAACACUGAUGACGAUUAUAGUCAAUCUGAUAAUGCUGAUCAGGGGUUUAACGUCGAACAGUCGCGCAGAAUGGUUAGGUUACGCCGUCGCGGUUGGCUUGACGGUGCCAAGAAUCUGUGGAACAAAGGGAAACAAUUUGUCAGUAACUUGGGAGCAGCAGCUGUAGAUCUAGGCAAACAGGCAAUACAAGGCAUUUCUGAUGCUUUGACUAUUGCUCCUACGGCAUCAGCUAACUUGCCUAUCAAUGUUGCACUUUCAAAUCUCGUUGAUUCGCCGUGGGGCCCAGCGAAGCAACUCUUUAAGAAAGAGAAAGAUUCCAAAGGCGGGGCGGUCAGCGGUAGUGUCACAUUAUACUGCGUUGACUGCGGCGUCCAAGGGACUGUCCUGGUAUUAGGGCGGCUUAGAUACAGUAUCCUUGCUGGUUUAACUCAAGCCGAAGCCAGUCUGAAUGGCAACAUUGCCGCCGGGUUGCAGAUUGGCAUUGAUGCUGAGGCGGAAUUCAAGCAGGAGUAUCGAUAUCCGCUGUAUUCGCAAGGAAUCCCAGUCCCGCCGCUUUCCGUAUCUGGAAUCUACUCAAUUGGUCCUGUCGUCACGCUGGAUGCCGAGAUUGAUAUUGGAGUCACUCUGGCUGGUCAAGUGCUAGCAGGAGCGAAAGUGACCAUACCAAAUUUCGCUGCGAACCUCGAUCUUGUGGACAACUCAAAGUCAUCAACCUCGGGAUUCACUCCACAGGUAGAGAAAGUCUUCCAAGCGAAAGGUACUAUUACAGCAACUGCGGGUAUAGGUCUUCCUAUUGGUGUCGGACUGGGCAUUGAUAUUCCUGCAAUAAAAUUCCGCAAGACUGCCGCAGUAUAUGAGAAGCCAAGUAUCGAAGCAACAGCAAAGUAUUUGGGGAGUACUACAGGCGAGGGGAUUGGCGGAGACACUACAUGUGUAAAUGGCGUGAGCUAUCAGAUAUCAUUCAAGAAUAAUCUAUACGCCGACUUCUUUGGUCUCAAGAAAAUUGACAUUGACCAACGAACAGUCCCACUUACGGGAGAUUGCAUCCCGGUCGGAGCCCCUACUAAUACUGGUGGCACGGAUCAACCACCAGCAGAUCCCGCUUCCCCAGCGCCGAACGACCCCGAGACUCCCGCUGACAACCCUGACCCGACCCCUCCAGAAACCGGAGAUGUAGGAGGCAACACCAAGCGAGCUAUCACCAAGCGCGGUGAUGAGCCAUUCGACUUCGUAGACGGCGACGACGACGACUUACCCGCAGACAACGAACCCUUCGACUCGCUCAGCGACCUCGCCCUCAACGAAGCAGACCAAGAUCUCACAACCACAGGCAACACCACGAACGAGAUCCCAGACGAGACCUAUGUCUACAUCAACGACGCCUCCGCCACCUACGGUCUCGAAAUCGACCCUCUAAACGGCAACAUCUACCUCACGUCCGGCAACGGCGGCUCCCUCUUCGCAGCAACCUCCGGCUACGCCAUCGGUGACGCAGAAGGCCGCUUCCUACAUUAUUACCCUGAUCUCAUGCAGAAAUACGGCGUCUCGCGUUUCCGCGUCUCGAGCGAGAUUGCGAUCCCGAAAGAUGCGGACUUUGUGGGGCUGGUGCCGAUUCCGCUUGAUGAUAAUAAGCCGGGUGAUAUUUACGCUGCGCUUGAUACGAGUGGGAAUGCUUUCUUGACCAUUACGUGCGAUUUUGAGGGGGAGGGGCAGAAUACAAGCUUCUCAUACCACCUAAACGGCUUCGCUCGUUCCGGCGGCUCCGGGCCCCCCGCUUUCGCCUGCGAAUUCUCCUCCUUAUCCCCCUUCACCAACUGCGUCGCCUCGUCCGCGGAUGUCAAACACGUAGCAGCGAACCAACUCGCCACCGUCGAGUUUUCCUUAGUGGAGCAAGUAGACGUGCACCCGAACAACGAGCCGUGCGAGCAGAAACAAUUCCUGGAUUCGGAGGUGCAGCCAUAA